CAUAUCUAGCCGUAUAUAUAUGAUAUCUAAGGAAACAACCAGCACCCAGUCGACCGACUUUGUAAUCUACGAUUGACAAAGUUGGCGUAUGGAAAACGUUCUUGUUGCCGAAGAGUCAAGCGAUACGAGUCCCCAUACGGAGUACAGCUGUCAGUGUGGUCCGAUGAGGGUGUUGGUGACUGGAGGCUCAGGCUUAGUGGGAAAGGCCAUACAACAUGUGGUCAAAGAGGAAAGGAAUGGCUACGAAGGGGAAGAGUGGAUUUUCCUCUCCUCCAAAGAUGCUGACCUCACGAGCAUGACAGAGACACAGGAUGUGUUUAGAAAACACCGGCCAACCCAUGUUAUUCACCUGGCUGCCAUGGUUGGCGGGCUUUUCAAGAAUUUAAAGUGUAACCUGGACUUCUGGAGAAACAAUAUCCACAUCAAUGAUAAUGUACUCCAGGCUGCACAUGAAGUCGGUGUUGUCAAGGUUGUUUCCUGUCUAUCCACCUGCAUAUUUCCUGACAAGACAACCUAUCCCAUUAAUGAGACUAUGAUCCAUAACGGCCCACCUCACGAGUCCAACUUUGGCUACGCUUAUGCUAAAAGAAUGUUAGAUGUUCAGAACAGGGCCUAUUUCCAGCAGCAUAGACGCUGCUACACAGCUGUCAUCCCCACUAAUGUGUUUGGACCCCAUGACAACUUCAGUAUUGAAGAUGGACAUGUACUGCCGGGCCUAAUUCACAAAACAUACAUUGCCAAAAAAGAAGGAAAGCCCUUGGUUGUUUGGGGUUCAGGUACCCCCAAAAGGCAGUUUAUUUACUCUUUGGAUUUGGCUCGUCUCUUCCUCUGGGUUUUGAGGGAAUAUCCAGAGGUUGAACCCAUCAUCCUUUCUGUCGGCGAGGAAGAUGAAGUAUCAAUCAAAGAAGCAGCAGACGCAGUGGUGCAAGCACUUGACUUUAAAGCCUCCAACUUCCAUAUUCUAAUUUCCUUGACCAUGAGACAACAGUAUGAUACCCAUAAAUCAGAUGGUCAGUUCAAGAAGACAGCCUGUAAUGCAAAGCUAUCCAGCUAUCUACCAGAUUUCCACUUCACGCCCUUCAAACAAGCUCUCAAGGAGACUUGCGAUUGGUUUGUUACAAACUACGACGCAGCUCGCAAGUGAAAACGGGAAUAAAGUGGACCAAAAAAAUUCAGGUUUACGAUUACUUUGCUUGCUGGGAUGAAGACCAGAGAGGAUAUGUGCCUGCCCAGCUGCAAAGAACACUAAAGGACCUGAAUUUUAUUUCCAAGUGUGUUGGACUGAAUGCCACAUCUGCACUGUAUAGAUAAGAUCCAUUUUUAGCAGUUCACUACCACAUUCAAAGGUCAUUCGAAUCAAAGUGUAUAUUUUGAAGCUCCAUGAUGUGAUUUUAUUAAACUCAUCAAUAAAAUAUAAAAACAAAUCUUCGUGGUUUUAAAAAGCAAUGCAUCUUGCCAGGAAAGCCCUAUAAAGAUUGUAAGUAGGGGAUAGGGCUGCUUUCAUGGAAUCUGCAGUACUCUUGCCCCAACCUCACACUCUUCUUGCAUGACUUUCCGGUUUUGGUGAUUGCGUUGCAAAGUUGACGCCCUGAUAGCGAACUGAAAUGCACAGCAAUUGUAUUUAGAAACACAAAAUUUGAUCAUUUUAGCUCAUGUAUGUGGGAAAACCGAGCCUGACCUGUUGGUACUUGAUUGGGGAGUUCUUGCACUUCUUGAAACAAUCCCAUCACUUGAGUCAUUCAAAGCGUCAAAAACACCUCUGGUAUUUUGAGGAAUCAUGCCCCUCAUGGCCUUAAAAAUUGAAUAAGUUAUUACCAUGAUGCCAUAGACUUCAAAAUUCCUAUUGACCUGACACGUCAUUGUUUGCGUCACGCCUUCUCAUAGGGGGCCGAGCUUCAUUUAGUAAUAGCCGAAAACUGCACACACUCAUGUCGGAUUUAAUCUUGGAUUUUUAAAGAACUACGAAAGCUGUACCGCAUACAAACAGGAAAGCUUGUCUCAGGAGUGAUUUGUUCGAGGAUUGAUGGUAUAUAUUAUAUUUUUCGUACCAUGCAUGCAUUUUGAAACGUGAAAAAAAUCAUUGAGAAAGCAAAGCGCUACGGCAUUGGCGUCAUUGUCCAGCAUAUUUAUUUAAAAUAGAUGCUUAACUGCCCGUUUUUUUGCUCUUAACAAAGAAUCGAGACAGUUUUACAUCCAUAUCUCUAAAGAAUUCAGUGAUUUAAGCAUUUAUUACCAAGAAUUUUGAACAGAAAAAGCCAUUGUGGCAGUCCCUUAUCAUAAAGAGCUAAAAGACUAGCAUAAUUCGACAGAUUUAAGUAAAUUCAAACUUCCUGUUUUUUUUUGUUUGUUUGUUUGUUUUUUUCCUGCUUUUAACCAAGAAUCAAGACUGUUUUAUGUCCAUAUCUAUCAAGAAUUCAGGGAUUUAAGUAUUUAUUCACAAGAAUUUUAACAUAAAAAGCUCUUUGUGGUAGUAAGGCGGCGCCACAGUGAACUUAAAGUAUAAUGACAAAGGGCUAUUCUAUAAAAAGUUGUGAUCGUAUAUAGAAUUUAUUAGUAAUCUAUGUAUAUAUUAUAAUUGAUUCUGCAUGGUUACCUCAAGUAUUAAGUUUCUGAUGUGAAAAUUGAGUGAUCUAUUAGCUGUUGAAGACAUGCAGUAAGAAAAAAAUAAUAAGUUGGUAUUUUGGGCAAAAACAUGUUAAAUAUUGCUAUUGAUCCUGAAAAUAUUGGUGAUUAUCUGCAUUUAGUAAUUUUUGUGCGGUAGCAGCUUUGGUUUUCAAAAUAUUUGAAUUAGAAGUUUUUGAAAAUAGGCCCCCUACGAAUCGGCCCAGUUUCCUGUGUCAUGUCAAUAGGUUAUGAAGUCUAUUAUGAUGCUAUUUACAUGUUUUGUCAAUGUACUCACUUGUGAAAGAACAGGCUGGGAUAGUGCGCUGUGAUGUGUACCGCCACCUGAUGCAGGUUUUCCAUCAGAUACUGAAGACAUACCAAGAUGACCUGUUAUGGGGGGUUGCAGACACAACAUGACUAGAUACAAAGUGAAAACCUUAUUUGACUGUGGAAGCCUAUACACUUUGUAAAGGAUUCAAACCUGAUAGGGUAUCUUCAUUCACCAUGAUCGGCUCAUAGCAGCUGGGCUCUUCCCUGAGGAAAAACCAAAACAAUGAAUACGAUGUGGACAGUUUAUUUUCCUGCAAUAAGCUAAAAUUCUGUUACGAGACUUCAUUCACACUAACUUUCGAGGUGUUGAGAAUUGUGGAUACGAGUUCGAUGACUUCUGCUGCUCCACUAAUUCAUAUGGGACAAAUGGCAAUGCAGCAAACUGCCGUCUUCUGCUCGGAAAUUUAACCCCCAUCUGACUCACAAACCAGUGCCCUGAUGAAUGGAAGGGGGGGUGGAGGGGGAUAGUGAACAAUAGAACCUGCCACAUAUAACACAAUGCAUUUGUACACAAAGCUGAGUUCAUACCUAAAGAGAGCAUAACAAUUAACAAGCUUAGACUUGAGAGAUCCAGCGCUGGCUGCUGGUUGACCUCUGCCAAUGCAUUCAGAGGUACUGUGAAUAGCAGCACGACACGAGAGAAAACUGCACAACGGAGAAAUGACUGGAGGACAGCAAGAAGCACAAAAUAGCUUGUGUGUGCAAUAAAUGUCCACAUAGUAGGAACGCUCAAACCUGGAACCACAAGAAAUUGAAACCAAAAAAAUAGAAUAAAUCAUUCAAGCGGCCGAGCACAACUAAAUAACAGGGUGCAAGUCACCUGACCAACCAAGGUAACCCUCAAUCAGAUCAAGCUUCUCCUGUAUUUGUCCCUGCAUUUCAUCAAGGGAGUGCAGCAUGAAUCCCAGACUGCUGUUCAUUCGCUCCAGUUUGCUCAUCAGAUCAGAAUAGUACUUCAAUGUCUGGUCCUGGUACUGAAGAAACUCUGUCAUGCCAUCAUCUGAAGUCAAAUGUUUGUACAUUAAAAAAAAAAAAAAAAAACAGGCAACACCAAUACUGUAUUUGCAACUGUAGUGUGUUUUGCUUUUUUCCACUUUCAUACCAAUUUUUUGAUGGAUGCUGUUAGCUUCAUGUCUGACAUUGGCCAGGUCUUGAAGGAUUGUUCUGUGGCUGUCCUGCACUUCUGAGCCUUGAUUCUGCACACUCUCACUAACAAUUGCUUGAGAAAAAAAUGGUUCAUUAUGAUACAUUUAAAAUGCAAAGUAGGGUCAUUUUUUUUAUAGGGUGCCAUUUGGAUGUAACAGAGUGGACACGAUAUGAUGAACCACACAGAAUGUGCUUUAUAAAACUGCAAAAACUGAUUUUUUUAGUUAUAAAAAUCACACAGUCGAAUUUCCCACCACUGGUAUGAUUUUAUCACAGAAGUGAUUUCAUUAAUAAAUGGGGAAUUUUCUUAAAGGGACAUUAACUCAACAAUUCAAAAGCAACACGAUUAAAGAUUAUCCAGGACAAAAAAAUACAAUUUUUUAAAAAAUCUCCUAUUAGUUAUUUUUAUAGACCAAAUUUGAAUUAAACACACUGGGGACAUAGGAAAAACCUUUUACCAGAACUAAAUUAAAUUUGAAAAAUAGAAUAUAGGAGCCUGUAGCCUUGAAUUUAUAAUAGACGUCAAUUGAUAAUACACAAUGAGAAUAUGUCCAACUUUAGUGAAAAUACUGGGAAUAGAAAUGGCACACCAUUAAAAAAAAAAAAAAAAAAAUGACCCAGUGCAUGUGUAGCAAUAAAAUGUAUGGCAGGGGUCCCCAAACUAUUCCACAUCAGGCCGCAGUGGGGGCUGGAUUUCUUUCCAACAAAACAGGAUCAUACCUUUGCACCAAUCUGGUGUCUUACAAGUGUAAUCAGUUGCUUGUAGUCAGGUCCUGCUUGUUUUAGCAGAAACCUUAUUGGUUAAACACUCUGUGUACGAUCUGUAGGAACAAAACCAGGACCCAGAGUAGCCCUUGAGGACCGAUUUGGACACCCCUGACCUAUGGCCUUAGUGGAGCUAGUGUUUUGUUGAAAACUAAAAGCUCUAACCCAUUUUAUCCGUAAUUCCCUGGAUGAGCUGGGCAACCAAUUCUUGUCCAGAGGCAAUGAGGGCUUUCUCCUGGUACAGAUGCUCCAGAUUGUCCAACAGCGAACUUUCAAUUUGACCUUGGCCUUCAAAUAACUUGACCUGCUGAGAGUGCAGGGCACUGUAGCCCUUCAUGAGCUUUUCCAGGGAUGCUGCAGUCAUCUCUCUUAGCUCCAACU